AUGCUAGAGAAGCGUUGGUAUGAUGUCGCAGUUGAUCGCUUAGAUGCGUACUUCAAGCCGCGUAAGCAGGAUGUUCUAGAGAGACAUCGUCUGCGAAGCAUGAAACAAGGAACUAAUGAACGAUUCGCACACUAUGUCCUUCGUUUGCGUCAACAGUUGAAAGACUGUGGACUGGAGAAAUACUCACAUGAGGUGAAAAGCGUUUUAGAAGAAACUAUGCUGAUCGAUGUGAUUGUUGAAGGCUGUAUCUCCCAUGAAUUGCGUCGGAAGAUUCUUGAGAAGGAUCAGUCGCUAAGUGAUAUUGAGGCACUCGGGGAAUCGCUCGAAAGUGUUCGGAUUCAAGAACAGGAACUCAAGAUCGGGAAAAGUGGAACUGAGUCAGGAUUCAAUGAAAUUUGUAAGGUCCAGAACGUGUUGAAGUCAAGGGAAGAGCGCAGAGAGGAUUGCAUCGCGAGUCGUUUCGCUACACCGGCGUCUAGUUUGAGCAAGGAUGUAAGGAUUUGUUUUGCAUGUGGCCGUCCGGGUCACAUGUCCAGGUCACCUUUUUGCCCUGCGAAGGACCAAAUCUGUCGACGGUGCAGAAAAACCGGCCAUUUCGAAAAUGUUUGUCGUAAACAACCUGAGUCACGAUCAUCGGCACCACCGAAGAAAGUACAAAUAGUCGAAAAUGUACAAGAUGACAUCUAUGAUUCACCACAACCGACACCGCAACCGGUACAGCAGCCGGAUCCGCAGCCGAUGACUCAUCGCACCGCUGCUGAAAGAAAAGUUUGCUAUACCUUCUACACUGGAGGUAAUACGAAUGUAUUCGAUUGUACGGUUGGGGGAGUGAAGAUCGACAUGUUCAUCGAUUCUGGAUCAGAUGUGAACUUGGUUUCAUCCGAUGCCUGGGAAAAAUUAAAAGCACAACAGGUUGUUGUUUCAAAAUGUGAACGUGACAGCAGUAAGAUAUUGAAAGCAUACGCAUCAAGUGAACCACUCACUAUUCUGGGAACCUUUCAAGCGGAAAUUAAACUAGGAAGAAGAUCCAUCAAUGCGGAAUUUCUGGUCAUUAAGAAUGGACAGCGUAACCUGCUUGGCGAUACUACUUCGAAGGAGUUAGGAAUCCUGAAGAUUGGGUUGGAGUCGAACCGAGAUACGGAUGAUAACAACCGUGUCUCUCCAUUUUCUAAAAUCGUCGAUACUAAGGUACGAAUUUCUAUGGACCCAUCAUUCACUCCAGUCUUCCAGCCGCUAAGACGAAUCCCGAUUCCUCUAGAAGGAGCGGUUAAUCAGAAGCUUAAUGAAUUGCUACGCAGGGACAUAAUCGAAUCGAAGGAAGGUCCAGCAAGCUGGGUACCACUGGUGGUCGCCAACAAAGCAAACGGUACCAUUCGCCUAUGUGUUGAUUUACGCCGUGUCAAUCAAGCCGUUAUUCGCGAAAGACAUCCUAUGCCAGUUAUUGAUGAGGUUUUGGCGAAAAUAGGAAGAGGAAAAGUUUGGAGCGUCCUUGAUGUUAAGAAUGCAUUCUUCCUAUUGGAAUUAGAAGAAGAAUCAAGAAAUAUCGUGACGUUUAUCACACACCGUGGGCUGUACCGUUUCAAACGGCUACCGUUCGGGCUUGUAUCAGCCCCAGAGAUUUUUCAGCGAAAAAUGGAUGAAAUUCUGGCCGACUGCGAAGGUAUAUAUUGGUAUCUGGACGACAUUGGGGUAGAAGGCAGUACAAUUGAGGAACACGAUGCGAGACUGGAAAAGGUAGAUUUCUGA